AUGACCGUUGAGAAAAAGUGUUAUGUCGUUAUAAACAUAUCUCAGAAUAUCGAUUUCUAUUCAAAAGAGUGUAGUGCCAACGAGAUGGAGAAUGAACAGGAAAUAACAGGAUGUAAUCAAAGGACAAAGGAAGACCAAAUUUAUUCUUAUCAUUGA